AUGAAGGCCUCCAUUCGGCACAAUCUGUUUGCUAUUUCACUCUUCGGCCUUUGCUCUGUCAAGUCACUAGUAUCCGCCGACGCCAGUCAGUUCAACGUCACUGGGUACGAUGUUGGUCCUGAUUGGGAGAACGAUGAGUUUCCUCCCUUCCCUCCACUCACAGAUGACAAGGGCAAAAAGAUUGAUGCCGCGAAUCUACGAGGGACUAGAUUGUUUGGAUAUAAAGGCUGUGGCAAAGCGGAAAAGAAUAUCAUAAACGAGGCCUACAACGACUUCUACUACCUAUCCCAUCUACCAGCCUUAACUGAUGGGAUUGCUUGGAACGAUCAACCAGCGAAAGAAUUCUGGGGUGCCGUUGGUGGGAGAACACCUGUUCCUCCAGAAACAAAGAAACAGAUCGAACAGGUCUACAAAGCCGCGGCAGAGAUUUGGCGAUCUUGGUGGGGCGGACGGCCACCUUGGUCUCCAUUCCAUCCUCCUGGACGCUCCCUCUGGAUUGAAGUUCGCUGCAGUGGAGGCGACGGGAAGGGAGACCCUGGCGACACGUGUGGGGAUAAGAAAAAGAAAAAACCAUGCCCUCCACCACCUGGUGGUGGGAAGCCUGUGGAGGGAACGCUCAGCGACAUGGAAGCAUACUCCGAUAACUCCGGUCCCGGUCAACCUUACAGCCGUAUCACAUUCUGCAACCUCUUCUUUAACGGCCUCAGAUCCUUAACGGAAGCUACGAAGUGGACUUCGGGCUGGUUCUCUCAGCGAAACGCUGACAAUUUCGCGUUCUACGCUAUGGCAAUGUGGGCAGUCAAAGAGCUAGGUCGUUACCCAAAUAUCCCGAAUGUAGGCACAAAAAAACCGACGUCAAGACCACGAGAUAGAAACGGUAACCCGAUGCUGUUUGGCAACGAAACUCCAGACGACGGAGACGGGGAAGCCCAAGCAAUCGAGAACGUGUUGAACGGCACCGCUGAGGAUAGCUUUCCCCUGCCAGGCUGCCCAGACAGAGACAUUGGUCACAUUACCGAGGUCCAACCCGACCCUCAACCCGUUCCUGAACUCGAUUGCGGCAAUGAUGCUAGCAGCAUUCCAAGUACCAUCUUCAGCUCCAACACAAACAGGAUAUACCAACAGUUCUGCAACGCAGCAUUUGCGAACCACAACACAUUGUAUCAGUGGCCCUUUGAUGUUUUUGGGAACUUGCUCACGUCGCAAGCCGCUAAACCCCGGAUGGCGCGCGGGCUGAGCUUCUUCCCCAAGAGGGACGGAGGACCAGCACAAUAUACAAACUGGCAAUUCAAAUUUGACUGGCAACCGAAAGAGAAUUACAACCCCCAAAACGACGCUUGUUAUAUAGACUGCUGGCAGGCUUUUGAGGCAAUGGCUUUGUCUUCGUGUGGGCAAAAGGGCAACGAUCGUAAUAUGAUGUCUCAAUGGGGACAGGCUCACAUUGGAUGCGGGGUCUUGGGAUAUACUAUUAAGGGUAUUGCGCUUGCUUCUUAGGACGUCUGACACAACGGAGCUUUCACACUCCUCAGUUGGUCAGAAGGAUGGCGCUGCGGUCAGAACGAAACACUCAUUUAGAUACGUUAGUUUCAUUUGCUCGAUUUGGGUCCUCUAUGCAGGAUUCUCCGUUUUCUGGGUUUCUUAAAGUAAUGGC